UGCGGGGAGAGCGGAUAUAGUGAAUGCGGGGUGCGGGGAGAGCGGAUAUAGUGAAUGCGGGGUCCGGGGAGAGCGGAUAUAGUGAAUGCGGGGUCCGGGGAGAGCAGAUAUAGUAAAUGCAGGGUCUGGGGAGAGCGGAUAUAGUGAAUGCGGGGUCCGGGGAGAGCGGAUAUAGUGAAUGCGGGGUCCGGGGAGAGCGGAUAUAGUGAAUGCGGGGUCCGGGAGAGCAGAUAUAGUAAAUGCAGGGUCCGGGCAGAGCUGAUAUAGUAAAUGCGGGGUCCGGGGAGAGCGGAUAUAGUGGGGGCGCACAUGGGGGCCUGGGUAGCAGGGGGAAAUGUAUGGUGCACAGGGAGGGUGAUGGGUGCACUGGGGGGAAAUUCCUGGUACCGAUCCCCUGUAUAGCUGUCCCUGCAGCAGCUGAA